CUGUGACCACAUCCACACACACUGUAGACAAUCCAAGCGAAGGGGAAAGAAGUUUAGAAGCAACAGAUGUGUUUUCCACAUAUUGAAUUCUUUUGCUGGCUGUUUUCAUCUCAAAGUUGACUUUUUGUGCACUAAAGUUGAGUCCCCGAGGAGUCCAAUGCGGAGAACAGCAGGGCAGUCAUCUCCUUGAUAUACCUUAGACUUUUUUUUUUCUCUUGUUAUCUGUGAAGACGUCGGGAUUUGUGCAUUUUAUUUCUCUUUUGUAUGAAGAAUGAUGCCCCUCUUGCUCAUCACCUUGGCGUGCACGCUUCAUUGCUUUUCAGUCAGUGCAGAUGUGCUGAAAACAGAGGCGUGGCUGCAGCAGUAUGGCUACCUGCCUCCCGGUGAUGUCAGAGCGCAAGCAAUGCGUUCACCUAAGUCCAUCGAGACAGCAAUCGCAGCCAUGCAGAGGUUCUACGGCUUGACCGUGACGGGCUCCAUAGACUCAAAUACAAUAGAGGCGAUGAGUCGUCCUCGGUGUGGUGUUCCAGACAAGUUCGGACCAGAACUGAAAAGCAACCUGAGGAGGAAGCGAUACGCGGUGCAGGGAUUAAAGUGGGACAAGUCUGAGGUGACAUUCAGUAUACAGAACUACACACCCAAAGUUGGUGAACGUGCCACCUAUGAAGCCAUCCGCAAGGCCUUCAAAGUGUGGGAGAGCGCCAUCCCGCUCACCUUCAGAGAGAUUCCCUACAGCCACAUCCGGGGCAAAGUGGACAAGUAUGCAGACAUCAUGCUGUCUUUCGCCGAGGGCUUUCAUGGGGACAGCACGCCGUUCGAUGGCGAAGGUGGCUUCUUGGCUCACGCCUACUUCCCCGGUCAGGGAAUUGGGGGUGACACACACUUUGACCUCGCCGAGCCCUGGACAACCGGGAAUGUCGACCAAGGGGGGAACGACGUAUUCCUGGUAGCGGUCCAUGAGUUAGGUCAUGCUCUAGGUCUGGAGCACUCCAACAACCCCUCUGCCAUCAUGGCCCCGUUCUAUCAGUGGUUUGACACAGAAAACUUCCAACUUCCAGAUGACGACCGCAGAGGCAUCCAAACCAUCUACGGGACCAAAACGGGGGCUCCCCCUCCUCCACCAAGACCCACAAAGCCCUCCAACCCCAAGAGACCGGAUCACGGUCCAGACAUCUGCGAGGGACACUUUGACACAAUCGCCAUCCUCCGGGGAGAAAAGUUUGUCUUUAAGGACAACUGGUUUUGGCGCGUACGUAACAACAAGGUACUUCCGGGUUACCCCAUGACCAUCAAUCACUUCUGGAGGGGCUUGCCUUCAAACAUCAACGCCGCAUACGAGAGGGACGAUGGCAAAUUCGUUUUCUUCAAGGGUGACCGGUACUGGGUCUUCAGUGAGUCCACCAUGGAGAAGGACUCCCCGAAGAGUCUCAAGGACAUGGGCACGGGUCUCCCCACUGACAGAAUGGAUGCGGCUCUCUUCUACACCCCCACUGGACAGACCUACUUCUUCAGAGGCUCUAAGUACUACCGUUUCAAUGAGCUUACUCGCACUGUGGAUGCCGGCUACCCGAAGCCCAUCAGCAUGUGGAGCGGCGCCCCAGACAACAUCAAAGCAGCCAUCAUGAGUGAGGAUGGAUCUUACACAUACUUCUACAAAGCCAACAAGUACUGGAAGUUCAAUAACCAAUACAUGAAGGUGGAGCCAGGCUACCCCAAAUCUGUGCUGACUGACUGGAUGGGGUGCGAGAGCGAGGAGCCUAAGACGGGCCGGGAAGAGGAGGUGAUUAUCCUGGAGGUGGAUGAGGCACAGGGCGGUGUUGGGCCGGUCGCAGUGGUGAUCCCUAUCCUCCUCUUGGUGCUGGUGGUGGUCACUUUGGGGGCACUGUUGUUCUUCAGGAAGUACGGAACACCUCGACGCCUCCUCUACUGCCAGAGAUCCCUUCUGGACAAGGUCUAGAACCGGUGGAGUGAUACCACACAGGAGGGACCCACAAUGAGAGAACGAGGGCCCGCAUGUAAUAAUGGGGUGGAGCGAGCGUGGAGAAGAUGGAUGAAAGGGAUGACCGAGUAGUUGGGUGGUUUCUACAUUGAGUAGAAGGUGAAAUCAGGUGUAUUUGUAUGUUAAGUAUUUACAUGUGUCAAAAAUUAACAACAUACCGACAAGCCCCACGCCAAACUUCCCUACGCCCUUCCCCCAACCCCCAACUGGACAACUCCGGCUGAACUGAUGUUAAAUUCGGAGACUAACUUAGAUCUUUAUUGCGUCUGUUUUGGCCAUGUUACAUUUCCUGUUGUUGUUUGAUUUUAUCCUACCACUAAGCAGGGUGUUUAAAACAUGCAUGUCCAUCAUAUUCCUUCAGUAAAAUGACCUAUUUUAGGUCAAAAUGUUUCGGGAAUUCAACCUCAGCAUUGUCCAAUGAAUGAAAUGCAGGGAUAGGAUUUUUAUACUCUGUGUCCACGGGUGUAGAUGUGGCACAACUGGAGACAUUGCAUAGAUAGUCCAUGUGGUACAGAAGUGUUUUUGUUGUUGUUGUUUUCUGUGCAAGCAGUUAAAACGGAGAAACAAAAAAAAUAGGAAGGGGUGUUUUCAUUCCAGUCGGAAUGAUAGAAUAAGGAGCAGCGCUGCUUGUGUGCAUGUGUGAGAAUGAUUCCAACAAUACGGUGCAAUUUUUUUAUGAUUAUCUUUGCAUUUGUCUUAUUAUUGUUAUUAUUAUUAUUAUAAUUAAUAUUAUUAUUAUAAGUAUGGUUAUGGUUAUUAUUGUUGUCUCCUCUUUUUAGUUUCUUUUUUUUUUUUGCGUUGUUUGUUCAUUGUCACUGGGAGUCCUGCUGGACAGAGGCAAUGCGUGACAAUGACUUAUAAGAGCGAAUCCCAGUUUACGGUGAAUUAGAUCAAAUCAGGUGGAUCAAUGUGAUUAUCCGGACGUUAGCACACAAUAAUGAUCAUUACUAUUUAUGAACACAUGGUGCUGUUUUUUGGUUUGUUUUUAAACACAAAUUGAAGGUGAAUUGGUUGAGUUAAAACAAUGAUAAUGGUAAUUAUAUUUAUAAUGAUGAUUCAAUAAAAGUGAAUGAGAUUGUUUACAUGCCUCUUU